AUGAAUAUAUUUUAUAGGUUACUACGGGUAACACGUGCUAGGGCCGAGUCCAAGCCAUGGAUCAAUUCAUUUGCAUUAUCUCUUGACGGUAAGGCGAUAGAUAGAUCCCAACACCACCAAUUUCUAAAAUACAGUACUGCUGUUUCUAAACAGAAAUCGUUAUCAAAAACUGAGAUACGAGUUGCAUCUAAGGAAUUGCAAGAUCGCAUAGCUGCAAUACCCGUGGAAAACUAUAGGAACUUCUCAAUUGUGGCUCACGUCGACCAUGGUAAAUCCACGCUUAGUGACCGGCUACUCGAACUUACUGGAGUGAUCGAACAAGGCUCCAAUAAACAGGUUCUAGAUAAAUUGGAAGUUGAAAGGGAAAGAGGAAUUACUGUUAAAGCUCAAACAUGUACUAUGCUUUACAAUUACCAGGAUACCGACUAUCUGCUGCAUCUGGUAGACACACCUGGGCAUGUUGAUUUCCGCCAAGAAGUUUCAAGAAGUUAUGCUUCUUGUGGCGGUGCGUUACUAUUAGUGGAUGCCAGUCAAGGUGUCCAAGCCCAAACAGUAGCGAACUUUUAUCUCGCUUACAGCUUGAAUUUAGAACUUGUCCCCGUUAUCAAUAAGGUUGAUUUACCACAUGCAGAUGUGCCUCGAGCAUUGGACCAGAUUGAAAACAUGUUUGAAUUAGACACGUCCAAGGUAGUCGAGAUAUCGGCAAAAACUGGGCUUGGUGUGGAAAAUGUACUGCCUGCUGUUGUGAAGAACAUUCCGUCCCCAAAAGGGCAUUCUAACAAGCCACUGAGAUGUUUAUUAGUGGAUUCCUGGUUUGAUAAUUACCUCGGGGUAGUGCUUCUUGUGCAUAUUGUCGACGGUCAGCUGAAAAGUGGGACCAAGAUUAUGUCGGCUCAUACAAAGCUCAAGUACGAUGUGAGAGAUGUAGGAAUUAUGUAUCCGGAUAGAUUGUCAACGGAUUAUCUUUCAGCUGGUCAAGUUGGGUACAUCGUACCUGGUAUGAAGAAAAGCUCAGAUGCGCACAUUGGAGAUACCUUUAUGAAGGUGGGAGAGCAAGUAGAGCCAUUGCCAGGUUUUGAAGAGGCAAAGCCUAUGGUGUUUGUGGGGGCAUUUCCUGCUGAAGGCGCAGAUUUUGAAAAACUGGAAGAAAGCAUAGGCCAAUUGACUCUGAAUGACAGAAGUGUCACUCUCGAGAAAGAAGCUUCAAAUGCAUUGGGUCAAGGUUGGAGACUCGGGUUUUUAGGUACCUUACAUGCAUCUGUGUUCAGGGAGCGAUUGGAAAGGGAACACGGUGGUAAUCUCAUCAUCACUGCUCCUACGGUUCCGUAUAAAAUUGUGUGGAGAGAUAAUACCGAGACCAUCAUUACAAAUCCAGAUGAUUUCCCGACUCCAUCCGAAAUGAGUAGUAAGGUCGCAGAUUUGCAGGAACCAUACGUUGAGUGUCUAAUGACGAUGCCACAAGAGUAUAUCGGUUCUGUUGUUCGUCUCUGUGAAGCGAAUCGUGGCGAACAGGUUGAGAUUUCAUAUGUCAGCUCAUCUGGACAAGCCAUGGUGAAAUAUUUAUUACCACUAUCACAUCUUGUAGAUGACUUCUUUGGAAAACUCAAAGGAACUACCAAAGGAUACGCUGCAUUAGAUUACGAAGAUGCGGGUUACCGGUCAUCCAAAAUUGUAAAGCUCGAGCUACUUGUUAACGGCAAAGGAAUAGAUGCCCUGGCUCAAGUUAUGCAUUAUUCUCAAGUUGAGAGCAGAGGAAAAGAAUGGGUAAAAAGAUUCAAACAGUACUUACGAUUUCAGCUGUUUGAGGUAAUUAUCCAAGCAAGAGCUGGGAACCGCAUUGUAGCCCGGGAAACCAUUAAGGCUAAACGUAAGGAUGUGCUUGCUAAACUACACGCCUCUGAUAUCAGUAGACGACAGAAGCUUCUUAAAAAACAGAAAGAAGGUAAAAAGAUUAUGAGAUCUAUAGGUAAUGUCACAAUCCCACAAGAAGCAUACCAAAGCUUCCUGGCCAGGUCAAACUAA